AAGCUGCUGCGCGGCGAAGCUUUCUUGACGUACUUCCUGGGAAAUAAUGGCGGCAGCAAGUGCUCUUGUUUCGUACAGCAGCGGUUCCGAGUCAGAACCAGAGGCUGAGGGGCAAGAAAGCGGUAUCCAUCUUAAACCGUUGCCGCUGGGAGCUGGUGCUUUAAAGGUAGUGGAUUCUGCACCCGAGGUGGCAGUGAAGGAAGAUGUGGAAGCUGGCGUUCAUCUGGACCCUUCCAUCAAGGAAGUCCAGUUUAAUCCUACCUAUGAAACCAUGUUUGCACCCGAGUUUGGACCCAAUAAUCCUUUCAAAACACAGCAGAUGGCUGCACCAAGAAACAUGCUCUCUGGGUACGCGGAACCAGCUCACGUCAAUGACUUCAUGUUUGAACAGCAGAGGCGAACGUUUGCAACUUAUGGCUAUGCCCUCGAUCCCACAAUAGAUACUCAAGAAACGGCCAAUAAAUAUAUUGGUUCAGUGGAUGAUGCGGAAAAGAAUCAAGGAUUAACGGUGUUUGAAACCAAUCUGAAGAAAUCAGAAAAACGGAAAAAAGUAAAAGGAAGUGAUGCGUCAGACAUAGAUGGCUUCCUUGGUCCUUGGGCUAAAUAUAUCGAUGAGAAGGAUGUUGCGAAGCCCUCAGAGGAGCAGCAGAAAGAGCUGGAUGAAAUCACUGCUAAGAGGCAGAAGAGGGGUAAACAAGAAGAAGAAAAGCCAGCUGACGAGAAGACCAUCUUGCAUGUCAAAGAAAUGUAUGACUACCAAGGCAGAUCUUAUAUUCAUAUCCCUCAAGAUGUCGACGUCAACUUGCGCUCCACUGAAGCACCUGAUAAAUGUUAUCUUCCUAAGAAACAGAUCCAUGUUUGGUCUGGACAUACUAAGGGUGUCAGUGCUGUGAGAUUAUUCCCUCAUUCUGGACACUUGCUGCUCUCUUGCUCAAUGGAUUCUAAGAUUAAGCUUUGGGAAGUGUACAAAGAACGGAGAUGUUUACGGACAUUCAUAGGGCACAGUAAAGCCGUUCGAGACAUCUGCUUCAACAAUGCUGGAACUCAGUUCCUAAGUGCAGCUUACGACCGUUAUCUUAAGCUGUGGGAUUCUGAAACAGGUCAAUGCAUUUCCAGAUUUACAAACAGGAAAGUACCUUACUGUGUAAAAUUUAACCCGGAUGAAGAUAAACAGAGUCUGUUUGUGGCUGGCAUGUCUGAUAAGAAAAUAGUGCAGUGGGACGUUCGAAGCGGGGAGAUCGUUCAGGAAUAUGACAGGCAUCUGGGAGCUGUCAACACCAUUACGUUUGUGGAUGAGAACAGGCGCUUUGUGAGCACCUCUGAUGAUAAGAGUUUGAGAGUCUGGGAGUGGGAUAUUCCUGUGGACUUUAAGUACAUUGCCGAGCCAAGCAUGCACUCCAUGCCUGCUGUGACAUUGUCACCUAAUGGUAAAUGGCUUGCAUGCCAAUCAAUGGACAACCAAAUUUUAAUAUUUGGAGCUCAGAACAGAUUCAGACUGAAUAAAAAGAAAAUUUUCAAAGGUCAUAUGGUAGCAGGCUAUGCUUGCCAGGUUGACUUUUCUCCGGAUAUGAGCUAUGUGGUCUCUGGUGAUGCUGAUGGGAAGCUGAACAUCUGGGACUGGAAAACAACAAAGCUGUACAGCAGACUGAAGGCUCAUGAUAAAGUCUGCAUCAGUGCUGUUUGGCACCCUCAUGAAACAUCCAAAGUUAUUACAUGCGGAUGGGAUGGUCUUAUCAAACUAUGGGACUGACGACAUCAAUCCAGGAGCUGUGUGCUUGUAAUCAUAUAUAUAAUUACCUGCUCUUAAAGUGACAUUGUGGCUGGUUUUCCCAAAAUCUAUCUGAUCUGUGAUAUUUUAAAAUAUCAUAUGACCAAAUGGCACAGUGGCUGGUCUAGCACCACACAUCUUCAUCAUGUAUUUAAUUUUAUAAUCUGCCUACCAGAUACCGAACAUGGCCGACCAGCCGAAAUAACCAUUAAGUGUAUCUGUUCUAAAUGGUAUAUGAGCUACGUGGUCACAGAAUAGAUAUUUUCAUGAUAUUUUUUUACCAAUAUUUUGUGGGGAGGAAAAUGUAAAAAUAUUUAAAUGUUCUUUGGAGGCAAAAGGUAUAUUUGACAGCUGAUAUUUGCGCUAGUAUUUUUUUUAUUUUUUAUUAUGUAAAUGACUCGUUCUAUGUUUUGGUCAUUUACAUAAAACUGUGUGAAAUUGUGUAUAUAUGCUUGGACUGGCGCAUUACAUAAUGUAAGUCAUCUAUGAGCUCUGUGUAUAGCUAUAUUGUCCUUUUUAUAAGUACAAAUAAACUUUUAAUUUUCUUUUUAAA